AUGUUCUCUCGAGAUACGCUCGUCUAUCGACCUGCAGCAGGCGUCAGCGGAUCAGUGGAAAUCUGGAAAACCUCCCGUGGCGCCAAGUACGCAGUCAAGACUUACCAUGAAAAAGAACCCCAUGAACUGCGCAAAGAGUACCACGCCAGGGUCUUGUACGAGUAUGAGCUUUUGAAGCUGCUUGAUCACGAGGGCUUCUAUGUUCCGCAAAAAUACACCAUCUCCUGGACCGGCCUGACCGUCAGCAUGUACAUGGAAGCGGGACUGAUGGAUAUGGCUAGGCUUCUACGACAACAAAAGCAGGGAGACUUCUCUGUGGCUGAGAAUUUGUGCUACUGGAAACAGCUUGUUUGUGCCAUUGCGUACCUCCACGGCCGGGGAUUGGCUCAUCGUGAUAUCAAACUUGAAAAUAUGGUGUUGCUGGAAACGGGGCGGUUGAAGGUUGUGGAUAUGGCUACGGUCACGGAAAGCGAUUCCGCUAUUGGCAUUGUGGGCUCGCCAAAGUACAUGGCUCCUGAGAUGGUGUCUCUGAUCAAGUACGACGGUAAAAAAGCGGAUGUUUGGUCGCUAGGGGUGGUUUUGGUGUAUUUUGCAACCAAACGGUUUCUAUGGAAAACGGCCCAUUUGAGUGAUGAGCGGUACAUGCUGUGGGUUGGAGGCGGCGAGGACGUUUUGCUGGUGCUUCCCGGUCGUUUGAAGGACUUGGUUUCGAGUCUUUUGGCUGUGGAUCCGUUGGAGCGGUUUUCCAUAGAGAACAAGCCUUUCCCACCUGUCCCCAACCCACCCGGCAUGCUCUCCCGUUCGUUCCGUGCUCUCCAGCGCCAGACGCUCAGCGUCCGCACCUACGCCCUUCUGGCCAAGGCCCAGGGCCUCAUCUCCAAGCUGGUCCAGGAAGUCGACCCUGAGAUGGCCUCCAUUUUGCAGCAAGAGAGAGACAGACAGAGAAACUCCAUCACCUUGAUCCCAUCGGAGAACUUCACCUCCAAGGCCGUCAUGGACUUGUUGGGCUCGGAGAUGCAGAACAAGUACUCCGAGGGUUACCCUGGCGAGAGAUACUAUGGUGGUAACGAGAUCAUCGACAAGGCUGAAUCCUUGUGUAGACAGCGUGCUUUGGAAGCUUUUGACUUGGACCCCGAGCAGUGGGGUGUCAAUGUCCAGCCAUUGUCUGGAGCUCCUGCCAACUUGUACGCCUACAGUGCCAUUUUGGAGGUUGGCGACAGAAUCAUGGGUUUGGACUUGCCCCACGGAGGCCACCUUUCCCACGGUUACCAGACCCCCAAUGCCAAAAUCUCCUACAUCUCCAAGUACUUCCAGACGAUGCCGUACCGUUUGGACGAGGAGACCGGUCUCAUUGACUACGACACCUUGGAGAAGAACGCCCUCUUGUUCAGACCCAAGGUCAUUGUCGCUGGUGCCUCUGCCUACUCCAGAGUCAUUGACUACAAGCGCAUGCGUGAAAUCGCCGACAAGGUCGGAGCGUACAUUUUGUCCGACAUGGCCCACAUUUCCGGUUUGGUGCUGGCUGGCGUCACUGCUUCUCCAUUCCCAUACUCGGACAUUGUCACCACCACCACGCACAAGUCCUUGAGAGGACCCCGUGGAGCCAUGAUUUUCUUCAGAAAGGGCAUCAGAAAGGUGACCAAGAAGGGCAAGGAGAUUCCGUACGAUCUCGAGAGAAAGAUCAACUUUUCCGUCUUCCCUGCCCACCAGGGUGGUCCACACAACCACACCAUUUCUGCCUUGGCUGUCGCCUUGAAGCAGUGCCAGUACCCUGAGUACAAGCAGUACCAGCAGGAGGUUGUGGACAACGCCAAGGCCUUUGCUGCUGCUUUGGAGGACAAGGGCUUCGAUUUGGUUUCCAAAGGUACCGACACCCACUUGAUUCUCGUGGACCUCCGUUCCAAGAAGAUCGACGGAGCCCGUGUUGAAAAAGUGUUGGAGCACGUGAACAUUGCCGCCAACAAGAACACCGUUCCCGGCGACAAGUCUGCUCUUUUCCCUAGUGGUUUGAGAGUGGGUACUCCCGCCAUGACCACCAGAGGUUUCGGACCUGAGGAGUUUGCCAAGGUGGCCGAGUACUUCCAGAAGGCCGUGGACAUUGCCAUCAAGUUGAAGGCACAAGAGCAGGGCAGUGUGGCCAAGGAGUUGAUGGCCAGCUUCAAGCAGAUUGUGGAGCAGUCGGAGGAGGUGAAGGCGUUGGACGCCGAGGUGCAGGCCUGGGCUGCCCAGUUCCCAGUUCCCGGUGACUUGUAG